GCAUAUUGUGAUAUGUCGAACAAAGGUUGGACUCUUAUUGCACGUUUCUCAAACAAUGAUUCUAAAUACUGGAUUGCAAAUGGCAACUUUUGGUAUGACAGAGUAAUUCCUCAUGAAGACACAGGCAGCCCUCUUAAGAAUAAAGACAUGAUAUCCACGGCUUUCUGGAAAGUCAGAGGCGACGAUUUUAAGAUUACACGAAGCGAUGACUCCAGUCAUACAGCCUUACUACAAACCACUUCCCAUUGUCUUCAAGGCGGGACGUUCAGAUCUAAAAUCACAAGUUAUGGAAACUAUCGUAAUAGUGCAGUUUGGGCAAGUAACGAAUGUCGUGGGAAUUGUUCGGUUAGUUAUGGCGGUCAGUACAAAACUACAGCAGGUUUUGAACAGCACAGUUGCAGCGGCAAUGUUCAGAGUAGUAACUACACUGGGUUUUGGUGUGAUUGGGGUGUUGGUGAUGGUGCAGUGAUGAUGAUUGGUGGUGGAGGAAGUGGUUGCGCCAGAGCAGAUCAUGGUAUUGGAAUAACAGAAGAAAAUGAAGCAAAGUUUGGUGGAAGCCUACCACAUUAUGAUUUUGGUUACAACGCAGACAACAAUCCUCCUUCAAAAUAUUCGCUCAACUUGUGGGUUCUUUAA